UUCAGUUUUUGUUUUGAUUGUGUUUUGCACGUGUUUUGCCAAAUCUCUGCUGAAAAACUUUAAUUUCUUCACAAUGUCCGACAAAUAUGCCGUACCCAAUAAAUUGCCUGGCAAAACAAUAUCAGUGCUGCGGCACCGCAAGCGACGCAUUCAACAGGAUAAAUCCGUGCUCGAACAGAAGCGCACGGAUCGCAUUAAACGGGUGAAGAAAGCGCGCACACAUCACAAAUUCAAGCGCGCCGAAUCCUUUGUGAUGGGCUACCUGAAAGCCGAACGCACUUCGAAACGCAUCCGUCAAACAAUUCUACGCACAAAUAUCACCGAACAGAGCGCCAAAGCAGCGGACGAAACGAAUCCCCGACUGUUAUUUGUCAUGCGUCAUGCGGGCAAGAAGAUCUUUGACAAGACCACAUCGGAAAUAUUCAAGACACUGCACAUGGGGCAACGUCACAACGCAGUCUUCAUUGAGAACAGUAAAGAGAAUCAGUUGCUAUUGCGUGUCAUCGAGCCAUUUGUGGUUUAUGGUGUUCCAACGUUGAGCACAAUUCGAGAACUGCUCUUUAAGAAAGGUUUCGCACGCAUCGAGGGCAAAAAGACGGCCAUACAAUCGAACACAAUGGUCGAGGAGCAGCUGGGCGAGAAGGGUAUCAUCUGUUUGGAGGAUAUCAUACAUGAGAUCUACACAGUGGGACCUAAUUUCGCUGCCGUCACUGAAUUUCUGUGCGCAUUUUCGCUAUCAAGUCCACGCGAUGGCUGGCAGAAGAAGGUCUCCGUUCCUUUCAAGCGUGGCGGCGAAUACGGCGAUCGUGGCAUUGCCAUCAACGAUCUAGUUGCGCGCUGCCUCUAAAACAAUAACUUGAUAACCUAGUAGACUUUUAAGUACAAACACAAAAACACACUUCAAAUCUUAAACAAAAACCAACAAUUAGUUAAAUAUAAGUUUAAAUACACCUGAGCGAUU